AGCAUGUUUACUAAGGCAGUGCCUUUAUUUUAGCUUAUAGAACCAGAACUAGAGUUAUGCACAUGACCAGAAGUCUCUCUCUCUCUCACUCACUCACACACACACACACACACACACACACACACAUACACACACACACACACAAAGAACUGUGUGGUCUCUUCAGGAGAAAUGAAACUACUACUCUUCAGGAGAAACGAAACUACUACUUGCGUAACUCUCCAUUUCAUCUGGAUAAGAGCAGAUAGAUGCCUGAACAGAAAAUGUCCAGAAAAAAGACGAAACCUCUAGUUACACAGACUCAUUUCAACUGUCCAGUCUGUUUAGAUUUAUUGAAGGAUCCAGUUUCAGUGCAGACAGACCUUCUCCCAAGACCGGUUCUGGGGAAGAACAUCUUGCUGGCAGAGAUGGUGGAGAAGAUGAGGGAGGAAGGUGCCGAAGGAGCGUCUGUACCCCACUACGCUGAGCCUGGGGAUGAAGAAUGCAGUGUUUGCAUAGGGAGGAAGCGCAAAGCCACCAUGGCCUGUCUAGAGUGUCUGAAUUCAUACUGCGAGAGCCAUUUCAAAAGUCACGAGGAGCUGUUCUUGACAAAGAAACACAAAACCAUCAAUGCCACUGGACAACUACAGGAGAGAAUCUGUGGCCGUCAUAACAAACUCCUGGAUGUAUUUUGCCGUUCUGAACAGCAGUGUGUCUGUUAUGAAUGUGCACUGGAUGGACACAGGGGUCAUGACACAAUUUCAACUUACAUAGAGAGGGCAGAGAAACAGAAGCAAACAAACUUGGCAAUCACUCAGAGUAUCCAGGGGAAAGAGAAUGAGAUCCAGGAAAUAUCAACAGCUAUGGAAUCUCUCAUGGUCUCCGCGCAGACACUGGUAGAGCAAAACAAGAGCGACUUCACCGCGUUCAUCAACUCCAUUAUGGAAUGGUGCUCUGAGGUGGAGCAGUGCAUCAGAGGGCAGGAGAGAGCUCAGCUGAGUCACGCCAGAAGACAGCUGUCCAACCUGGAGCAAGACAUCGAAGGACUGAAGAGGAGGAAAGCUGAACUGGAGCAACUGUCACACACCGAGGACGAUGUUCAUUUCCUCAAGAAUUUUCCAUCUCUUUACAACCCUCUAGACCAAUUGUCGUUGUGGCUCAGCGAUGGAGAGAAUGGUGUCAAUGCCAUUAAAGCUUAUGGGCCUAGAAUGGAAAACCAUUUGUUAAACUUCUGCAAAAAGCAUCUGGACACAGUAUCACAAAAAGUGAGAAGAGUGACUCUUGAAGGCCUGACGAGAGAAGACCUCAUACAGUGUGAGUAAUGGUUCUUAUUUGAACAUCUAAAAAAAGGUAGUGACAGAGCAUGCAAUAUUGUUAGACUGAAUGGCAGGCCUAAAAAGUGUAGUCUACAUGAGGAUAUACAGUCAUUUAGAGACUUCAUGCAGAGGGAGAGCUCAAGCAGAGCAAAAUAUGGCUUCACCAGUAACAUUGCAGAAACACAGACAACUGAACAUAGUGUGACAAGCAGAGAAAUUAACGAGUUUUAUCAAGUAAGCCAAGACAGUUGGAUUUCAUAAAGGAACUAAUGUUGUUCAGUGUCUGUGGAAUGCUCAGUCACAGGAAACUAUUUACAGAAACUAUUUUCUCCACCAUUAGAUGCUACCAGACUAACACUGGACCCAAACACAGCCUACCGUCACUUCAGUUUGAGCGAGAAUAACACUAAGUUGUCAUGGAGUAAUACAUGUUGCCAAUUUGACCACUAUGACCAUCCGCAAAGAUUUGUGGGAUGCCGCCAGGUAUUCUGUGAACAGCGCCUGUAUGGUCGUUGCUACUGGGAAGUUGAAUGGUCUACGCGGUAUAAGACUUCUAUGGCAGUGUCCUACUUAAGCAUUGGACGGAAAGACACAGAUGACAAGAACAGGUUUGGUUAUAAUGAUCAGUCUUGGAGUUUGGAUUGCUACCCCUCAGGAUAUGAAUUCAGACACAAUAACAAUGUGACCAAAAUUCAGAGAGGAUGCCAAUCAAGCAGAUUGGCUGUGUAUGUGGAUGUUGAGGGAGGCACUCUGUCUUACUAUGAGGUUUCCAGGUCUGGCAUUCUCACUACCCUCCACAAGCACAAGACCAAGUUCCUGAAGCCUGUCUACGUAGGCUUUUUUGGGGAUGCAUAUACAUAUUUAACAAUUUGCUCCUUGAAGUAACAUGGUGAGAAAUUUAAGCAGCUGUUUACACCGUUAUGUACAUAGCUAUGAAGGGAAGUACCCUGGGCUAAUACAAUUUUGUGUCAUGUAGAUUUACAAGAAGUUAUAUUACACCAUAAUGUAUCUUACACUAUAAUGUAUAAGUGUUAAAUCGCAGAAAAAUGAUUCUAUAGUCAUAUCUUCCAGCAACAUGAUAUUAAUAGCACUAAAAUGUAACACAGAAUUGCAGUUCCUAUUGUGAGGUGUAAUUACACUAUAAAAUGUGUCUUGUGCUUAAAUUCCAAUGUCAUGACUACAUAAAUAAAUGCAAUAAUGAUUUUCUCUUAA